UCAUUAUCCUCAGAAUUGUGGGCAGAGACCCUCUCUCACUCGGAAAUCGCCGUGCCAGAAGCAAAACGCCAUGCUCAGUUUCUCUAUUGCUCCGCCUAGUAUGGCAGCGGUUUUCCCUCGGGGAUCUGUCUCCGGGACCUCGACCUCGUCUUCCUUCCAUGGCGUCAGAAUACGGCACGCGGUUCCUGUCCGAGUUCCGGCAGCUACAAUUUCGUCUCGUAAAUCCUCGGCUACGGUGGUGAUGAUGGCGAAAAGAGAAGAAGAGCUGAAAGCGAUAAGAGCCAAGACGACGGACGAGAUAAACGAGGAAGUUGUCGACCUCAAGGGAGAGCUGUUCAUGCUCCGCCUCCAGAAAUCCGCGAGGAACGAGUUUAAAUCGAGCGAGUUUCGCCGAAUGCGCAAACGAGUUGCCCGAAUGCUGACGGUGAAAAGGGAACGGGAGAUAGAGGAAGGGGUCGGGAAGAGGUUGUCGAGGAAGCUUGAUAGGCAAUGGAAGAAAAGCAUUGUAGUGAGACCGCCACCGUCACUGAAGAAGCUGCAAGAGGAAGAAGCAGCAGCUGAAGAGGCUGAGAAAUCUGCUUGAACUCAGGCUUUCGAUGCUUUUUUACAUCCUUUAUUUCUUAAACUUGCAUCUUUGCUCCUAUAUCAUAUUUGUUUUUCUGGUGUUAAAUGCUUUUCUAGCUUGUAAUCCGUCUCUAUUUGGUGACAUUCAUAUGUUGUAUUUUGUGAUUUUUUUUCCGUUAUCUUCCGGUUCCAUUA